AGAUAAAGUGAAAAGGGACCGACAUGAAAACGAAGAUCUCCUCUGCAGUGAUACCACCUAUGAAAUGUAUCCUUUACAGAGAUGUUUGGACAUUGAAUAAUGGACUGCUAUUACAAGCCCAGACUCAAACACGCUUCUCAACGAUCCAUGUGGAGAAUGGGUAACUUUAAGAUGCAAACCUAUUGGUGAUAAAUGGCCAACUGUCACAUGGAGCCUGAGGGGAGGGUCUAAAGGCCCUUAGAGAAAGUGGUUAUAAACAUGAACAUGCCUAGAGAUUACAACCAGUUAUCUGUGAGUAUGUCGUUUGCUCGUUUUUUUUAAUAUGACCAUAUGCCACCUGGUAACAUGCCUGACAUGAUCACUUUUAAUCAUCUUACACUUUAAAAUGACUUCAAAGCAUUUGGAAACGGUUAGGGAUCAUGGCAAAGCUAGAAGAAAACAAAUAUUCAUUGAGCAGAAGAAAAGGAGGGUCUGCACAGAAUGGAGAAAAGCACGUUCUCGUUUGGCGGCACGGAGCAGGAGGACAAAGGAGAGUCAGCUGUUCAAGGAGUUAACUGCUCUUCUGCCUCUGGACCCGAGUAUGGAUGGCCAGCGAGACAAAGCGUCAGUCAUACGUCUCACAAUCGCUUACCUUCACCUGAGGGAUCUUAUGAACACCCUAGACUCCUAUGCACUGACACAGUCCUCUCCUCCAUCACCAGGAAUAUCGGCUAAAUCUCAUGAGAGGGAGUUGCUAGAUUCUGCCCUUGGAGGGUUUGUGGUUUUGUUGUCUUUGAAUGGCAAAGUCAUCUUCACCACAAAGGGCGUAACUACACACACUGGAUUUAACCAGAUGGAUUUGAUUGGAAGGAGUUUGUUUGAGUUCUUGCAUCCAUGUGAUCAGAUGGAGGUCAAAGACAUUCUCACAAAACUGAUCGGAAACCGAGAACAGCAAGAAUGUGAAGUGUUCCUCAGAAUAAAAAGUGUGAUGAACCAGAAGCUGACUCCUUGGAAAAUUAUUCAGUGUAUUGGAAAGAAAAAGUCAUCUGCCACACCUGGAUCCAGUUGUCUAGUUCUUCAGUGCAGGGUUCUGCCCAUGCAGGAGCUCAUUGAACUCAAUGCGGCGCUGAAUAUAAGUACGUUUAUGAGUGUACACAGCCCAGACAUGAAGUUCACCUACAGCCACUCAAGGGUUGUGAAGUUGACCGGCUUUCGUGACACAGAGCUGCUGGGGCAAUCCGUUUACCAGUACUAUCAUCCAUCAGACUGCCAGCAAAUCCGCAAGGCACACGUUUACUUGCUUUCCAAGGGUCAGGUGUCGACAGGUAAAUAUCGGCUGCUGCAUGGACAUGGUGGCUAUGUGUGGGCAGAGACAGACGCGUCAUUGGUCUGCAACAGUCGUACUGGUGUGCCAGAGAGUGUCGUCUGCAUCAAUUACAUUCUUAGUGGAGUGGAGCAGCCAGAUUUGACAUAUUUGCUGAAGCAGACAGAACAACUACUGAAACCACGUGACUCCCUUCACCCAGAAUCCCAGCCUGCCCCUUUUCCACUGACUGCAGCCCAGCAAGACAAAAGAGGCCUUAGAAUUAAAUCAGAUGAGCACAAUAGUCCUACAACACCUCCAAACCAAAGAGAGGGUGACAUACAGGAAGUUCAUGACUGUACAGAGAUCACACAUAACACAGAACAGUGCUGCAAUUUCAACUGCGAUCUGUGUGAGUUAGACUUGGACAGUCUAGCUCCAUACAUUCCAAUGCACGGAGAGGACUUCCUGCUGACUCCCAUUUUAGAGGGGACAGAGGACAGUGCCGAAUUAAACAUGUGUGGACCAUCAUUCAGUAUUCCACAUCAAAAACUGGACCCUCAGUUGCAAAAUUCAGAGGGAACGUUUUUUCUACCUGUAAAGAGCCGUACACAUACCCAACAAAGUCUCAGUCGUUAUUUUCUAACAAACAGGAUCAGUGAUACUAACCUGAUAUCAACACAGCAGUGGAAUGAGAGCCUUGAUCUUGUGAACAGAAUUUCGAAGGUUUAUAAUUAUAAUUAUAAACAGCAUAAUUAUCAGUUGUUCUCUUCGGAAAGUGAAACAUAUCAGAGGAGAGAAGAUGCGCUUUUAUCGCAACGUCCCAAAAGAACACGCUGGAGCUUUGAUGGAUCAACACCGAGGCCAUAUGGUGGAGUCCCAGAUACACUUGGAGUAAAGUUCAGAUCACUUCCAGAGAAUCCUAAGCGUCAUCCUCAGAACAGAAGACACCAUGCUGAUGUGAAAGCACUCCCAGCACCUUUGACUUUGCCUGUGUUGAGCGGGUGGGAGUGUGAGGUCAACGCACCUCUUGACCCCACAUCAUAUUUGCUCCAAGGGACAGAAAUUAUAGCUGUUCUGGACCAAGUGGCCUCAAGAGUGCCUUGGUGCUGAGACAAAACAAACUUCAACACUAACAGUGUGCAUUUGAUGCAUCAUUGAUGCAUCUUUUUUAAUAACAACACUUGCAAGUAGUCAACACCCGCAAGCAUUGUCUUAUUGAGUAUAUUACUAAAACCUGUGUGAUUGUGGUAAAGUCUGUUUAUAAUUAUCUAAUAUUGGGCUUUGCACUCUAAACGACUCAUUUCUGAGGUUACAGUGGUAAGGCCUGUUCACAACAAAGGCAAUGACUAUAAAAAUAAAAAUCACAACUGUAACGACAACAACAUAGAGGGACGAUAUCAUUGGAAUUACUUUGAGUAAUAAUAGAGUGUUUUCACGACGCGCCAUCAAUCAGCCAUAUUGGCGGCACACAACAUAAUGCCACUGAACCAAACAAAACUUGUAUAUUUCACUGAUUAUUGCUGCUGAUCAAUUAUUGUCAUGUUUUGGGCUGUGUUAAUCGGUCGGACCAGGAAAAACAUUUGGAGUACUAUAGACUGCCAAAAGUUAUAACAAAUCAAAGGGAAGUGUGCAAAAAACUGUCUGAGGAACAAAAGGCGUUUGUGGUCAAACUCAACCAGGAUUUCCAGGGCAAGAAUCUUGACAACAUUCAUGUUUGUUCUUAUCAUUUCCAGUCAGGUAGUUAAAAUAUUAGGCUAAUGUCUUAAUUAAUACUGCUAGUACAUAUUAUACUUGCGUUUGUCAAAAUAUUGCACCCUUUCCUAUAGUCUUUCUCUAUAUGAUUCAGCAGCUUCAACACAUUCUUGUAGUGGUUUAGACAACAUAAAAUAGCAGAACAACAUAUUCAAUAGUACAUUAACCUUGCAAUCCAUGCUGUUGUUUACAUCA